AGAAAAAAAAGUCUAUCAGCUUCAUAUAGCAACACCAAUUAUUCUAGAAGAAUCUGACAAUAGUGAUAAUAAUGAUAAUCAAGAAGUUAACAAAGAAAGUGAAAAGUUAAAUAAAAAUUCUAACAACUACGACAAUGAACCAAAUACUAAAAAAGAUGAAGAAUGUUGA